AGGCAAGGUUCAAGAAUGAAGACCAUUCCGCUCGAGCGCAACACCUCCAUCAAUGAUGCGCAGAGCUGCAUCUAUGCCAUUCGUGCUGCCUGUUAAAUAAUCAUGCUCCAUUUUGCUUUGUUUUACAAUUGAUGAUGCAGAUUUUCCCCCCUUCUUUUUUCUUACCCUUGUCUCCUACAGAAAUGUGGAAAUCCUAAUUAUCAUGUGUUUCAGGUGUUUAUUAUAUGCCCCUCCCUCCUGUGCUGUAGCAGUAGCAUACAAGGACGAACAACACAAGAAAGCCUUGAUGGGUUAGUGUCUGCACCUGACCAAAGAUCAUUUGCCUUACAGGUUUGUGAUGGUCCAGUGCAGUGACCCUGGAAUCUCAGCUGUUCCCAUUAAUGUCCCAGCGGACACAGUCAAGCUGCGCCUAGAGAAGACCUUGAUCUCCAGGGUACCCCGUGCAGCCUUCUACAACCUGUCAGAGCUGCGCUUCUUGUGGCUGACCUACAAUUCCAUCACAUCCGUCCAUCCCAGCAGCUUUGUCAACCUGAAGACCCUACGAGAGUUGCGUCUGGAUGGAAACUUCCUGACAUCCUUCCCCUGGGAGGGGCUCAGGGACAUGCCCCGCCUCCAGACUCUGGGUCUCCACAACAACCGUCUGUCCAUCCUUCCUGCCCACGCCUCUUUGUUUCUCCUCAAUAUCACCUACCUCGACCUGUCCAGCAACAGGUUGACUAUAUUACCCGCUGAGCUGCUGGACCUUUGGUUUCCUCUCCCAGGACAACAGGACGGACCAGUUCCAAGAAGAAUUUUGGGUCUCCAUGACAACCCCUGGUUGUGUGACUGCCAGAUCUCCAUGGUGAUGUCCUUGUCCAUGUCCCUGGGGAGUCCGGUAGUCCUCAUGGACCAGCUGCUGAUAUGCAGCAGGACUCUGGGGCAGUCCGGGGUACUGCUGACCCAGGCUGAGCUGUCCCGCUGUAUGAGGCCUUCAGUCCAGCCUGCAGCCACUAGAGUCAUCUCUCCAUUGGGCAGCAAUGUAAUCCUUCGCUGUGAUGCUACUGGCUACCCUACACCAACCCUAACCUGGAUCAAAACCUCAGCCUACACUGAUUGUUGCCAAGAUAAUAUCCUUGAGAAUUCUGACCAGCUACCCAGGAACCUGGAGAGUUUUGUGCAGGAAUCUCCUCGAGUUGGGGUUCGCUGGUCAAUAAUCACGCUGAAUGGCUUAUCAUACAAGGAUGCCGGGGAAUAUCGCUGCCAGGCACGAAACAUGGCAGGAAUAUCAGAAGCCCCAAUCAAACUGAAGGUUGUCGGAGUCACAAGACUAUCUCGUCCUCCAAAGAGGAAGUCCCAAAAGACUUCAACCAAAUCAUCAUCAAAACAGAGGAAGGCAAACCAGACUACAACCAACACCGCCACUAUUAAGGAGAAUCAGAGACUCCAGAAAAUCAUACCACCUUCCAUUAACAAGACCCAAACUUCUUCUAAUCGUGUGUCUAAAUUGUUCCCUGUAGACAGAAGACGAAAAAUGAACUCAUCAGAUGUGAGGAAAAAGACCCAGACAUCCAUCAAGUCUAUACCUGAGCCCCCAGAAAACUCUACAACUGCUUUGCUGUCAGAAACAUUUGUAUGAGGUACACUGAAGUCAGCCAGGAUCUGUUUCUUACUUCAACAGUGGGAAGGAGUUGCAUAUAAAACGUCAUUUAUGAGUUAUCCCCUCAAUUUAACUUGCUUGUCAAAAAUAAAAUGUGUGUAACAGAAA